AUGUCCGUCCUCGCGUUCGCCGCGCCCACCGUCUCACCUGCGCUCUCUCGCGGCGCCGGCCCCCGCGCCAAGUCCCGCACCGCCUCCGUUCGCAGGGCGAUGGCUGCCAACAACAAGGCGCCCGUCGUCAUCGCCGAGAAGACUCGCCCCGCGGCAAAGGUGGCCGCGGCGGUGAACGCGGCGAUGACGGUCGCCCUCGUGGCUCUCCCCGCGUUCGCUGAGGAGGCCGCGACGGCCACCUCCUCCGGGGAGAUCUCUCCCUUCGCGGGGGUGGUGGACGUCACCGUGCUCGGAGUCGUGGGAUUGCUGGCUGUGCAAGGGAACAAGAAGGCUGAGGCGGCCAAGGCUGGGGGCAAGGGGGCCAAGGGUGGCAAGAAGAAGAAGUGA